AUGGCUUGUACAUCGGUGGUCUUGCUUCCAAAAGUUCUUGACAAAGAUAGUAGCUUCGUUGUAAACGAUGAAGUGAAGAUUGUUGUGGAGUUUGAUAUUUUUCAAGAUAUACCAGUGGAAACUGAGAAGUCAGAAGAAAAUGUUGGUGUUUUGCUGAAGGAAGGUUCAUCAAUAAUGGAAAGCUUUAAUGUCAAUGGUUUUCAUGUUUUUCCUUCACAAGUAGUAUCUGUGAGGCGUAUAUUUGAAAAACACCCCGACAUUGCAGUUGAUUUUCGUGCAAAGAACCAACAUGUGAGGAACGCAUGCAUGAGUUACCUUCUCGGCUUGAUAGAGACGUUGUGCCAAUCACUUCACCAACUAUCCGAUGAAGAUCUUAUUGAAGCAGACAUUGCACUGAAACAUCUGAAAGAUGCGGGAUUUAAAGUUGAUUGGCUGGAGAAGAAUCUGGAGAAUGUUAAAGGAAAAAAGAUAAAGCAGCUUUCAGUUUUGGCCAUGCUCCAGGAAACUGAGGGAAAGUCACAGAAACUGAAGCGAGAGUUUGAAGAGCUUGAUGCUCUUGCUGAGGAGCAGAAGAAAGAGUUGACAUCCACCAGAACUUCUCUCUCCUUCGAUGAUGUUGUUUGA